AUGGCACAUAAUCCGCCUCAGAUUCCUUCAUUUAAGCUGGUCCUCGUCGGUGAUGGUGGUACCGGAAAGACCACGUUCGUGAAGCGCCAUCUUACUGGUGAAUUCGAGAAGAAGUACAUUGCCACUCUCGGUGUCGAAGUUCAUCCACUUUCCUUUUCCACAAAUUUGGGCGAGAUCUGUUUCAAUGUCUGGGACACAGCUGGGCAGGAAAAGUAUGGUGGUCUUCGUGAUGGAUACUACAUCCAUGGCCAAUGCGCCAUUAUUAUGUCGAUGUCACCUCCAGAAUCACCUACAACAAUGUGCCAAAUUGGCACCACCAUUCCCAUUGUACUGUGCGGAAACAAGGUUGACGUAAAGGAGCGUAAAGUGAAGCCAGGCGAUGUCACGUUCAACCGCAAAAAGAACCUGCCUUACUUUGAAAUCUCCGCCAAAUCUAACUACAACUUCGAGAAACCAUUCCUGUGGCUUGCAAGGCAGCUGGUUGGCAAUCAUAGCCUAGACUUCGUAGCGGCUCCUGCCCUCGCCCCUGCUGAGGUUGCGAUUGACGCUAAUAUGAUGAAUCAAUACGAGGCAGAGUUGAAGAAGGCUGAGGUGAUUCCGCUUCCGGAAGAUGAAGAUGACCUGUAAUCUCGCGAAUUACCAUAUACUUACGCUUCAUACGACCGUCCAUUCAUACUGUGGUUUUCAUUCACAAUCGCUCAUCGAUCCACCAAUCGAAUCGAUACAUUUUGUCUUACUUCCUGCUUAGUGCAAAUG